AUGUACCAGAGUCAUACUCUUCUGAGGGUCCAACAAGACAUUAAGACUAAACAGAAACAGAAGUAUCAAAUAUUAUGUGAAGGAAUUGGACAGCAUGAAAACCAAACUCUCUUAAAGGAUAUCUACACCGAGCUCUACAUCACAAAGGGUGGAAUUGGAGGAAUCAGUAAAGAACAUGAGGUGAUACAGAUCGAGCUGGCAUCCAAGAGACAAACCACACAUGAGACACCAAUCAUUUGCAAUGACAUUUUCAAGCCAAUAAAAAAACAGGAGAAGCGACAUUGGAGCCCCGGUCUCUUGAUCAGCAAAGCAUCUGAAUCAUUAAAACAUGAAGACAUAUUCUCAGAAAGGGCUAGCUCAUCACAACAGCAUGAGUCAGGCUCACCUCUUUUUCAUAUACCUGGACUACACAAACAAAUCCAAAGGAAAGGUUUGAUUAACUUGACAAAAGGAAUCGCUGGCAUUGGAAAAACAGUCUCGGUGCAGAAGGUAAUCCUUGAUUGGGCAGAAGGAAAAGCCAAUGAGGAUAUUCAUUUUAUAUUUCCUCUUCCUUUCCGCAAUUUAAACAUGGAAAAGGACCAAUAUAGUCUGAUGCAACUUCUUACUCACUACUUCCCAGAGCUGAAAGAGAUUGACAGCAUUGAGGAUGAUGAAACCAAAACUGUUUUUAUUUUUGAUGGUCUGGAUGAGUGUCGACUUCCUCUAGACUUUAAAAACAAUAAGAAGUGCUGUGAUGUCACAGAACCAACCUCAGUGGACGUGUUGCUGACAAACCUUAUCGAGGGGAAUCUGCUUCCCUCUGCUCUCCUCUGGAUAACCACACGACCUGCAGCAGCCAAUCGGAUCCCUCCUGAGUGUGUGGACCAAGUCACAGAGAUACGAGGGUUCAAUGAACCACAGAAAGAGGAGUACUUUAGGAAGAAAAUUGCAGACCAGAAUCUGGCCAGUGAUAUCAUCAACCAUAUAAAAACAUCCCGAAGCCUCCACAUCAUGUGCCACAUACCAGUCUUCUGUUGGAUAUCAGCUACUGUCCUUGAGACAAUGCUGAAAGAAGUAAAGAAGGAUGAAAUUCCCCGAACUCUUACUCAGAUGUACAAACACUUUCUUCUCGUCCAAACCAGUGUUAAGAACCAGAAGUACAACAAAGCCACAGAGACAGACGCAAAGGAACUUUCUCUUUCAGACAAAGAGAUGAUCCUGAAGCUGUCAAAGCUGGCUUUCCAUCAGCUGCAGAAGGGCAACCUGAUCUUCUAUGAGGAGGACCUGAGAGGAUGUGGCAUUGAUGUCAGAGAGGCAUCAGAAUACUCUGCAUUGUGUACAGAGAUCUUUAAAGAAGAAUCUGGCCUUUACCACAAGAAGGUCUUUAUCUUUGUUCAUCUAAGUAUUCAGGAGUUUCUAGCUGCAUUACAUGCUCUAGAAUCAUGUCUGGGAAAUGAGGAACAUGUUUUCCCCCCCACUCAGAACCCACAUCAGUAUUAUUAUGAGCGAUUGUUACCAUCAGACAAGUUAUCUGUCUUACACAGGAGAGCAGUAGACCAGGCCUUGAAGAGUGAGAAUGGACACCUGGAUUUGUUCCUUCGCUUCCUUCUUGGUCUCUCACUGGAGUCCACUCACAGUCUCUUACAAAGCCUUCUGACACAGACAGGAAGUACAACCCUGAGCAAUGAGGAAACGGUUAAGAGAACAGUAGAGUACCUUUUAGAGAAGAUCAAGUAUGAAUCCUCACCUGAAAGGAUCAUCAACUUGUUCCACUGUCUGAAUGAACUUUGUGCCAACUCUCUAGUUGAAGAAAUUCAGACAUCCCUGCAAUCAGGAACUCUUUCAGAAAUGAAACUACAACCUCACCAAUGUUCAGCCUUGGCCUACUUGUUACUGAUGUCAGAGGAGGUACUGAGGGAGUUUGACAUGAAGACAUACAAGACAUCAGAGGAAGGUUAUCAGAGGUUGCUGCCUGUAGUGAAAACCUGCAAGAGAGCACUACUGGAUGGCUGUAACAUCACAAAUAAAUACUGUGAGACUGUGGCCUUGGCUAUGCAGACACCCAACUGCCAUCUGAUAGAACUGGACCUCAGUUCCAAUCCCUUGGAAGACAGUGGCAUAAAACUGCUGUUUGUUGGAAUUACCAGUCCGCUCUGCAACAUACAGACACUUCUACUGUCUGGCUGUAACCUUACAUAUGAAUCCUGUCAGACGUUGGCCUCAGCUUUGCAGACACCAAACUGCUGUCUGAGACAACUGGACCUCAGCUACAACCACCUGGAAGACAGAGGAGUUGAGCUACUCUGUGCUGGACUAACCAGUCCAUUCUGCUACAUACAGACACUUCUUCUAAGCAAUUGUGGUCUAACAGAAGGAUGCUGUUCAGAUCUGGCUUCAGUCCUGCAUUCCCCCAACUCACAAAUGAAACAACUGGAGCUGAAAGACAAUGACCUGCAGGACUCAGGAGUUACUCUUCUCUCAGCGGGACUGGAGGAUCCAAACUGUCGACUACACACACUUGGACUAUCUGGCUGUCUAGUCACAGAAGAAGGCUGUGCUUCUCUGGCCUCAGCCCUGAGGUUAAACCCUUCAAACCUGAAAGAGUUGGAUCUGAGCUACAAUCACCCAGGAAACGUAGGAGUCAGACUGCUCUCUGCUGGGCUGGAGGAUCCACACUGGAGACUGGAGAACCUCAGCAUGGACCAUGAUGGAAACAGCUGGUUGAAAUCAGGACCCAGAAAAUAUGUCUGUGAUCUCACACUGGACCCAAACACAGUAAACAGAAAACUCUUUCUGUCCGAGGAGAACAGAAAGGUGACAUGGAGGAGAGAGGAGCAGCUGUAUCCAGAUCACCCAGAGAGAUUUGAGAAAUGUAGACAGGUGUUGUGUAGAGAGGGUCUGUCUGGACGCUGUUACUGGGAGGUAGAGUGGAGUGGGGGAUGGGCUGAUAUAGGAUUGACAUAUAAAGGAAUCAACAGGAAAGGAACAGGUGAUGACUGUUGGCUUGGAACAAAUGACAAAUCCUGGAUUCUGGAGUAUAGUGGUAACCGUUACUCUGCCUGGCACAAUAAUAAAAGAACCGAAAUACCUGUCACCUCCUUAGACUCCCAAGGAGUAGGAGUUUAUAUUGACUCCACAGAAUCUCACAGAGUAGGAGUGUAUCUGGACUGGCCAGGUGGUACUCUGUCCUUCUACAGGGUCUCCUCUGACACACUGACCCACCUGUACACAUUCAACUCCACAUUCACUGAGCCCCUCUAUCCAGGGUUUGGGGUGAAUACUGACUCUUCAGUGUCCCUGUGCAAGGUUGUCCAUAUGUCAAACACAACAUGAUGUUUCACUCUAAUCAUGGUCAUGUUCAGUAGGAAGCACCAUAGUAAAACAUUGAGAAAAGUUGUGUGCAUGUGUGAUUGCUGACCAUCCAACAACAGAAACUUAGUGAACCUCCUCCUGUUAACUGAUCUACUAACCAUGAAGAAAGAGAACCAUGUAGCACACCAGGUGAACAGAACCUGAUAGAAACAUGGAUAGAAAACACACACACAUCUCCUGUGUUUCAGGAGGGGUCCCUGCCCCCUUUGAUCCAGUAUUCUACUUUGGUGUCCAAUUAUUUCUAUUCCCACAACCCUCUCCUCCUUCUGCCUCUCCUUUUCCCUCUCUAUCUUUGUCUCCCCCA